AUGAGAGCUAAAUGUGCAGAUCCGUGUAAGUGGUACAUUUAUGCUAGCCACGUUCCUGCUUUGGGUACUGAAGACUUUGUAGUUAAAACAAUUUACGAUGUCCACACCAAUUGCAGCCAUGCUUGGAGAAACAAAAACAUGACAUCCAAUUGGGUAGCAGACAAGUUUGAAGAGUCUGUUAGAUCCAACAUGAACAUGCCUGUAAGGCAAUUGUUACAGAGUAUAGAUGAGCAAUAUAGUUGCGAGAUCACAAGAAACAAAGGUUACAAAGCACUUGCAAUGGCUAAGGCUGCUAUCAAAGGGUCAGCAUCUCAGCAGUAUAUUGAUGUUGGGAGGUACGCAGCAGAACUACAAAAAACUCACCCUGACACCACCAUAGACAUCAAGUAUUCACCAAGAGCUGAUCCUGAAAGUAAUCCCAGAUUCAUGAGAUUUUACUGCUGUUUGGGACCAAUGAAAAAGGGAUUUAGAGAGGGAUGUAGGCCCCUUAUUGCUCUUGAUGGCUGUCACACUAAGGGGGCAUAUCCAGGGGAGUUGUUGAUUGGUAUUGGGGCAGAUCCAAAUAGUGGCUGGUGGCCAUUAGCUUGGGCAGUUGGUCUUGAUAGUGCACUGCUGGAGUUAUUACCAGAUGCUGGCCAUAGAUAUUGUGUACAGCAUAUGUACAGAAAUUUCAAGAAAAAACACCCUGGUGAAGUGCUUAAAGAAAAAUUCUGGAGCAUUGCAGCAGCAUCAACAGUGGAGUUCUAUGAGGCAGCUUUGGAAGAGCUUAGAGCAUAUGACCAGCAAACUCACGCGUGGGUCAAGAGAGCUGCACCACCUCAUCACUGGUGUAAGGCUUUUUUUCCACUUCACGUGAAAUCUGACAUGCUGGUUAAUAAUUUAUCAGAGACAUUUAAUUCUCAUAUAUUAAAUGCUAGAGAGUUGCCAGUGAUUGGGAUGGUUGAGUGGAUUAGACAAUUCAUAAUGGAAAAGAUAUCAAAUAGGGUAUAUUGGAUGAGAAAAUGUAGUGGUCCUGUGGGACCAGCAAUAAAGGCUUUGAUUGAGGAGAGGGAAAAGUUUUCUAGAAAGUGGAAGCCAAUAUCAAAUGGGAAGGGGGGAUAUCAGGUUAGGGGACCUAAGGGGGAACAAUUUGCUGUGUACUUAAGAGACAGAACCUGUACAUGCAGGUUGUGGCAAAUUAGUGGGCUCCCCUGCUGCCAUGCAAUUUCUGCCAUUUUAAAAAUUGGUAGGAACCCAAAUGACUAUGCCGAUCAGUGUUAUAGUAGAGAUCUAUUCUUUCAAAUAUAUGAGAAUGUACUAUAUCCAAUUAGUGGAAAGUCUCUAUGGCCUCAGAGUGAUAUUCCCAUAUUAGAUCCUCCACUUGCAUGUGUCCAACCUGGUAGGCCCAAGAAAGCAAGAAGAAAAGGUAGUUCUGAAAAUAGAAGUAGUGUUCAUGUGGGAACGAAUAAUGUGCAAAAAUUAAAAAAGCAUGUGAUCAUGCACUGUAGAAGAUGUGGUCAGGCAGGCCACAAUGCUGCUACCUGCAAAAGUGUUCCAGAAAAUAAUGGAGGUGAAGGCUGCAGUCAACCUGCUCCAGCUCCUAAACAUGCUAGAAAGUCAAAAGACACCAACAAUGGCUCAAGCACAACACAUGGAGCUAAUUCUCAGGAGCCUGAUUUUGUUCAUGUGGAAGUUCAAGGAUAUUCUUCAAGUUGUGUCAAUUCUCAGCCACAUGGAGCUGAAGAGCAAACUACUUCCCAUAAUGACACUGGUUCACAUGCUGAACGUAAUGCACAAGCUGCCACUAGUAGUACGAAAAAGCAGCAGAUUAGAAAGACUAAGACACUUGUGAGGAGAGUUAGGCCUGUCAAUGAUACCGACCAGUCUACUACAGCGGCCAACAAACAGUCUCUCCAUUCAAAGAGAAAGCUGUCUGAAAUUGACAAGAUAAGGAUCAACACCAACUAUGAGUACUUGGGCAAAGAGCCUCCAUUCAAGAUUGGUAGAUGGGCUGGAACAUCAAGGAGCAGUAGAAGUAGAAGUGGAAGAUCAGAUUAA